AUGGAAGAAAAUGGAGCUGACCAUGACAUUGCUAUGGAACGAUUUAAUGAUUUGUUCAUAGUCAAUUGUAAUGGUACAGGAGAGUCAGAAACAAAUGAUUGGGUUUUUCAGCAUCUAACCUGCAUGGAUUCCAGGGAUCCAUUGUUUGGACAGAGUGACUCUCCCUCAGCCUUGCCCAUCGCAGUACGCCUCUUGGGCAGUUCUCCAUCAUCAGCUGCGCCCGCGCGGCCACCGCAGCCGCAGCCUCACUCUGCAGAGGACUUCCACCUGGUAGACCAAACCAGACAGCCUCUCUAUGAGCUGCAGCCCCUAGGAGCGCCCAGCGCGUCCAUGAUGAUUGUUGCCAGCCAGUCAGAAAAUGGACAGGUGCUGCAUGUCAUUCCAUCUGCCCAGCCAGGAAUGGCCCAAGUGAUUAUUCCUCAGGGUCAGCUUCUGGAUGUGACCAGCAUGCAGGAUGUUUCGGAAGAGAAGUGUGGUGAUGGGAACUUGCAGACUGUGGCGGUGGCUGCUAUAGCAGACAGUGCAAGCAGUUACAUUCUACAUCCGCAGGCAUCUCUCACCGUAUCGAAAAAAACAACCACCAGGGUAGUGGAAGAUCCCUUUCCCAUCCCUUUCCAGCCAUUGCCACCAAAUACGCCUGCAUGGGCGCGCCGUCUCAGGAACUGUGAGAAAAUUGGGGACUCGUACCGCGGCUAUUGUGUGAGCGAGACAGAAUUAGAGAGCGUUCUAACGCUACACAAGCAGCAAACACAAAGUGUGUGGGGGACGCGCCAGUCUCCGAGCCCAGCCAAACCCGCCACACGGUUGAUGUGGAAAUCUCAGUAUGUCCCAUAUGAUGGGAUCCCCUUUGUCAAUGCAGGAAGCAGAGCCAUUGUAAUGGAGUGCCAAUAUGGGCCAAGGAGGAAAGGGUUCCAGCCCAAAAAAGCUGGUGAGCAGGAAAGCACUUCUGGCCGUCUGUACAAAGCCACUUGUCCAGCAAGGAUCUAUAUUAAAAAGGUUCAGAAGUUUCCGGAAUACAGAGUUCCUACUGACCCUAAAAUUGACAAGAAAAUCAUAAGAAUGGAGCAGGAGAAGGCAUUCAACAUGCUGAAGAAGAACUUGAUAGAUGCUGGUGGUGUCCUCAGGUGGUAUGUACAGUUACCCACUCAGCAAGCUCACCAAUAUCAUGAAAUGGAAACUUCCUGCCUCCCUCCUUCACCCUCCCAUUUUUCUGUGUCUUCUCCUGAGGAGGAGGAGGAAGUUGUUAGAGAUGAGAACUGUACUCUGCCUUCCCGGCUUCAUCCUCAAGUGGCAGACAAGAUCCGAGAACUGGUGUCUCAGGGAAUAGAGCAGGUCUAUGCAGUGAGGAAGCAACUAAGAAAGUAUGUGGAAAGAGAAUUAUUCAAGCCUGAUGAAGUGCCAGAAAGACAUAACCUGUCCUUCUUCCCCACUGUGAAUGACAUCAAGAACCACAUUCAUGAAGUGCAGAAGUCCCUGAGGAAUGACAAGACAGUGUAUAAUUCAGAAAGCAUCCCAGCAACGCUGCAGUGGACCACAGACAGUGGGAAUGUUCUCACAGAAACAGUGACUGUUACAUUUGCCUCACCACCUUCAGAUGGGAACUCAGCAGGGGAGUCAGUCAUCACCAAAGCGGAAUUCAACCAGAGCGGGGAGUCCUUGCUACCAGAAACAGCUCAGCUGUUGUCUUCACUUCAGCCCAAAAUAUUUGCACAACUUCAGGGGUUACAGCUGCAGUCAACUUUUACCUCCACAAAUGGAUCAACAGCCCUGAUAGCUGUAAAUAACCAUUCCCCUCCCAGCCCUACAAGUCUCCUGGAUUCCAUAGGGAGUGCAGUAACCAACCAUUCUCUGGCCCUUAGUCAGGGACAGAGUCUACAAACAGGUGCUGGCCUAACACAGCACGGUACUGCUGCCUCUGCUUUUGGGACUCCACCUGGCUCUGAUCAGAGUCUGGCCACCAUGGGCCAACUGGUAGCAGUUGGAGGGGUAGAUGACUCCAGAAGCCUAGAAGGAGGAGUCCAUCAGAUUCUCUUGGGAGAUGUACAGACUAUUCCAGUACGGAUUGUGGACAGCCAUCCAGCACUUACUGAAGAAAAUACAGAGGGUGUUAUCUGUGUGAGCCAAGUUAAACAAGAGCCAAGAGAAAAAACAUUGUCUGUGGAGCCAGGUAAAAUCAGAGACUGCCGUAGUUCCUCACCUAUUUAA